UCUUCCCUUCUCUCUCGCUCGACAAUGGAGAAUCUGAUUCAGCUUGUGAACAAGAUACAGAGGGCGUGUACCGCCCUUGGCGAUCAUGGCGAAGAGAGCGCGAUGCCCACACUCUGGGACGCGCUGCCGUCAAUCGCCGUCGUUGGAGGACAGAGCUCCGGAAAGUCUUCAGUGUUGGAGAGUAUUGUGGGAAAAGACUUCUUACCACGUGGAUCUGGUAUUGUCACUCGGCGUCCUCUUGUUUUACAGCUUCAUAAGAUCGAUGAAGGAAGAGAAUAUGCUGAAUUUAUGCACCUUCCAAGGAAGAAGUUCACAGAUUUUGCUGCUGUCAGGCAGGAGAUCUCUGACGAGACUGAUAGAGAGACGGGCCGAAGCAAGUCUAUUUCUUCUGUUCCAAUCCAUUUAAGUAUCUACUCCCCUCAUGUUGUCAAUUUGACCCUAGUUGAUCUUCCGGGACUCACAAAAGUUGCUGUUGAGGGUCAACCAGAAAGCAUUGUACAGGACAUUGAAAACAUGGUUCGUUCUUAUAUCGAGAAGCCCAACUCUAUCAUUCUGGCAAUAUCUCCUGCCAAUCAAGAUCUUGCUACCUCAGAUGCAAUUAAGAUUUCUCGCGAAGUAGACCCUAAAGGGGAAAGGACAUUUGGAGUUUUGACAAAGAUCGAUCUCAUGGACAAGGGUACUGAUGCAGUUGAUAUCCUUGAAGGAAGAGCAUAUAAGCUAAAUUUCCCUUGGAUUGGUGUUGUUAAUCGUUCCCAAGCUGAUAUCAACAAAAACGUUGAUAUGAUUGCUGCGCGGCGUAGAGAAAAUGAGUAUUUUGCUAACACUCCAGAAUACAGACAUCUUGCUAGCAGAAUGGGCUCUGUCCAUUUAGGAAAGGUGUUAUCUAAGCAUUUAGAAACUGUCAUCAAGUCUCGAAUCCCAGGCCUUCAGUCACUUAUAAGUAAAACUAUUUGUGACCUAGAGGCAGAAUUAAGCCGUCUUGGAAGGCCUAUGGCUACUGAUACUGGAGGAAAAUUGUACAUGGCAAUGGAAAUCUGUCGAAACUUUGAUCAGAUAUAUAAAGAUCAUCUUGAUGGCGUGAGGCCUGGUGGUGAGAAAAUUUACCAAGUAUUUGAUUCUCAAUUCCCUGCAGCUAUGAAAAGGCUGCAAUUUGACAAACAUCUCUCAAUUGAUAAUGUGAGAAAGCUAAUAACUGAAGCAGAUGGAUAUCAACCUCAUCUAAUUGCUCCUGAGCAAGGGUAUCGCCGUCUGAUUGAAUCUUGCUUAGUAGCCAUCCGUGGCCCGGCUGAAGCAGCUGUCGAUGCGGUUCAUGCAAUUUUGAAGGAUCUAAUUCACAAGUCUAUUAGCGAGACAGUGGAAUUAAAACAAUAUCCCACCUUGAGAACAGAACUUGGAAGUGCAGCUGUUGAAUCAUUGGAGAGGAUGAGAGAAGAGAGUAAGAAAGCAACUCUGCUGUUGGUUGACAUGGAGUGUGGUUACCUGACUGUUGAAUUUUUCCGCAAACUUCCGCAAGAUGCUGAGAAGGGUGGAAAUCCAACUGUCUCACUUUUUGACAGAUAUAAUGAUAAUUAUCUUCGUCGAAUCGAAUUGGAAGAAUCUGCUAAUCACGUAGCACGCGUAUGCGUUACUCAACUAAGCGAUUUUCUUUGCCCGAGUUGUUCUUACUGUGAGAUUCCUUGAACG